AAUAACCGUGUUUUACACUUGAAUAAAAUACAUUUGAUUUGUUUACACAACUAUUUCUCCCAUUGCUUCAGGAGUAUAUCAACAUGAAUUGCUAAUUCGGUGAUUAAUGGGACUCUUUUAACAUGUGGUAUCUGCAAACAUGACAUUAUAAGUAAACCUAUUGAAUAAGGUUAGAAAACUAAAUGAUGUACAUGUACCUUUUAUAAUGCACUAAUCGACGCUGAUUACCACGAGGAGGAAAUUUAAUUGAUGGUGAUAAAUGGAAGCAAAAAAAUUGAAGUAGCUCAUGCGUGUACAAAAACGUAUUGCUCAGUGCUGCACACGGUUCAGUGUUCUCAGAUAGGUGACUAAUCACAUGGAGCCAAUUUGGAGUUAUUUCCUACUAUAUAAGCCUCUGACUAAAUAAGAUUUUUGUGUCAGUCCCGAUUAUUUGUGCUCACGAUGGCAUCAGUGGCGAAAAUUGCGUCCAUUUUCAUCCUCUUUUUUGUUACUUUUCUGAUAGGGUUAUUGCCCUUGGCAAUGCUAAAACUAUUUGAGAAGAAACUAGCCUCUCAGAGCAAGCUUAAGAAAUGGAUUGGAGUUCUGAACUGUUUUGCAGGUGGAGUCUUCUUCGGAACAGCCAUUUUGCAUUUACUACCAGAAUCGGUGGAAUUGUUUGAGGAGUCCGUUUCCUUUGACUAUCCAAUAGCUGAGGGACUGACAGGGGCUGGAUUCUUCCUUAUUCUACUGAUUGAGCAUAUAAUCGGGACUUGUGGUUACGGGCAUUCUCAUCAUAUGCAUGACGUGGGACAUGAAAACCCAGCACAUAUAGAUACAUAUAAAGAAGGAAAAAAUGAGAAAACGAGCACGUUCGAUUUAAAAUCAUCAGAGAAAGAACAGUUGGAGAAGAAUGGUGAUUGUUCAGACAAUGUUAAAUAUGGUGCAAUUACUUUGGACAACACCAAAAAGGAGGCAGUAAUCUCGAUUCCUAGCGAAGAGGAACCUAAAGUAGAAAUAGAAAUGCAUGACCCAGAAUUUCUGGCAUUCAGAUCUAUUGUUCUUCUUAUGGCUCUGUCAUUCCACAUGAUAUUUGAGGGUCUGUCCGUCGGUCUUCAGAGAUCCGAUCCAAAUACUUGGAAACUUCUUGGAAUAUUAACUAUACAUAAAUGCAUUGUUGCAUUCAGUGUCGGGCUACAGUUAGCUGAAGGUUUCAAGAAAUUUCGAUCCAUUCUCGUUUCUUUAACGUUGCUUUCGAUCGUUGCCCCCAUUGGUGUUGUCAUUGGAUACAUCGUAACUGAAACGGGCGAGGACAGUCACAGUGAGGCUAUUGCUGCAGGGGUGCUCCAGAGUUUGUCCGUUGGUUCCUUCAUUUACGUGACAUUCUUUGAAAUCUUAAAUAAAGAACUAAGGAAAGGCCGUAAUCUAUCAAAGGUCGUGUUCACAAUCUUGGGAUUUGGGCUUGUGAUAGGACUGCAGUUCUAUAAGGACGAAGCCCACUGAGGAGGAGUAAAAAUCCUCGGAGCAGAUUUGAAUGUCUCCGUCAUUGAUAUUCAAUUUGUAAAUAAUGCAUAAAAAUACACCUCUUCAUACUGUCAUUAACAAGCACUUGGUAAGGACCUAAAUAUCAUGGCAUUUAAUAUUGCUAAUAUUUAGUGAUUAGGUUCAAUUGUAAAAAAUAAUUUUCUUUGUAUGAUUAAGAACGAUUAUAUAUUGUAUAUUUUUUUUUUUUAAUUUUAACUUGAAACUCAAAGUAUUUUGUUUAGUAUCUUGUUAGUACUACAAAAAAACAUAUUCAGAUAAAGUAUUGCUUAGAGUGAUAUUUAGUCCCUAGGGUAGGGUGAUGUAACUUUGACCGCCGGGUUAAUUUCCACCCUUCCUAAAUACCUUUAAAUAUUUUAUUUCAAUAUAGCCUAUUAUUGUGUAUGUAGUAUGUACAUCUAUUUUAUGCAGAGACAAAAUGCAUUUUCAAUGUAUUUUGUCGAUAAUAAUUUUCAUUUCCAUGAGCGUAAUUAAGUUGUUUACUGGAAUAUUACGUUAUCCAAGAAGAGGUUUAUAACCCGAAAAUAUCUGUAUAGAAAAUGUGUAAAUCAAAUGCAUUUAUUUCACAUUAUGACGAAUUAUGCAUAUAAAAACAAUGUAACCUGAAAAAUAAAAGGUACUCCGAAGUAAAAAAAAAAAGAAGAUUCAGUAAAGUCUGUAACAUAACAGGCAGUGGCAUACUUGAACAAGACUUAAGUACAGGGAAAUAAUCGGUGGAAAUUACACCACCCUACCCUAUACUUAAGUUUUAACUCGUCGAUGAUUUUACUCCGUAACAUCCAUAAUCAGAAAAUAAGCGAGUUCUUGUUUAUGAUUUGUAGAAUGACAAGCAUAACUACAUUUACAUAUACAUGUAAUAACUGCACUCAUUUUUGUAUGAUUCUAUGACGAUGUCACUGUAAAAAUAAAUUCCAUCUGUCAAAUAAAAAAUUCUAUAUAACAUACAGAUUCAAGGGAUCAUGUCGAGAUAUCAUUGCUUGAAUAAUAUUUACCUGAGAAUAUAGUGCUCUUAACUGAUACACCAGCGAUAAAAAUGUUGGCCAAAUACAGCAUUUAAAAUGAUUGAUAAUAUGUCUUCCCCAUUGCAAUAUCUUUGCAAUUUUUUGUUCUUUUUGGAUUUUUAAUUUCAUUACUUCAAAAUUGACCUCUUUCAGAAAUUUUAACCCUGUCACACAUGAUCAGCUGGAAAGUAGAGUUCACAUGCAGCAUCCCAAGCAUCUAAUAUGCAUCUCCUGAUGCAAUGCCUGUGCAAGUAGUAGCCAAUGUAGGAUUUAUUUUUACUUCAGAAUUUAUAUUUGCAAGUGGUUAGUGCAGCAUCGUAGAGCAAAGUACAUAUACUUAAUGCAGCAUAACUAUUCCUGUUUAUCUUUAAAUAAAUAUUAUUUAUUCAAAUAUCUAUCAAUACAUAAAACGAUCUCUUUCGUUCAAGGUUUUCCCUUACAAAUCGGAAAUGCCAGUAGUAGUUUGCGUAUUUUCCUAGCAGGACACAGUUAAGCAUUAAACAAUAAUAGAGACAUUUCUUCCAUCAAGAUGAAAAUAGCUGGUGAUGCGUCAUUUACGGACUGCUGGUCUUCUGUGACCGAAGGAAUUGCUGCUCCGCUACAUCAUUACUAAAUUACGGACCCAGUGUUAAAUGAUAUCUUUAGGACUGGAAUUCAUGUUAUAUUCUGAAUAAAUGAAGUUUCACCACUCAAUUAGUUUAGUAACUAUUCAUAAAUGUGUCCAUUUUCAAUUCCACCUGAGACACUCUAAAGAUGAUCUACCAAUAAAUCAGUUUUUUUCCCUCACCGUGGACUCUGUUGCAGGAAUAUGCCACUAAGAAGGCCCAAUGUUUUACAUAAAAGUAUAAGAAACAUCUUUCCAGUAAGCAAGUUAUUGCCAUAUCUAUUUACAAUCAUUGUCAUGUAUAAUAAUCGAACUUGUUCAAAGUUAAACGUUUUAUGAAGGGUUAGUUGAGAAAAUGAUCACAAGACCAUAGGCACUCCCCAGCUUAAUUGUUAAA